AUGUUGCGAUCAACUCUCCUCGUCUCCCUUUCUGGCCUCGCAGCUGCAGCCAGCAACUACAACUUCAACACUCACCAAGCCCACCAAAAGGGCCUUCUCAUCCCCGGCACCGGUUCCCAAGCCCUUACUUUCAGUCUCACUGGAACUUGCACUGGUAGCCAGAAAUCAUGCGGAGACGCCUGCAUCGAAUCGGGGGGCCAGUGUUGCAGCCCCAGCCUCGGCACCUACUGUGAAGACGGGACCUACUGUACUGCCAGCGGUUGCUGUCCUGAUGGAGAGAUCUGCUCGGGAACACCAAGCGGCUGCGCAAAGGGCAAGGAGCUCUGCGGCCAGUAUUGUAUGCCUGAAGGAAAGGUCUGCUGUGGUACUGGAUACUGCAACGAAGGCCAGACUUGCAGCCUAGGAGAGUGUACUACUGGCUCUGGAAGCUCUGGUGGAAGCUCUGGAGGUUCUGGAGGUUCUUCCGGUGGUGGCUCUUCUGGUGGUUCCAGUGGUCCCAACUGCUACAGCUUCCAGGAGGAGUGUGACGACGGCUGUAUGCCCAGGGGAAGCGUCUGCUGCGGUGGUGGAAAGUACUGCUUCUCCGGCGAGACCUGUCAGAGCGAUGGUACCUGCAGAUACAGCACUAGUGGUGGAGGAACCAGCGGUGGUAGCAGCGGAGGUUCCGACGACGACGACGAUGAUGAUAACAGCGGAAGUGGAAGUGGAAGCGGUAGCAGCAGUGCCGACGACGACGACGACGCUACCAUCACUCAACCUUCACUGACCGAGCCUACCUUUUCUUCUCCCUCCUUUACCGAGCCCUCUCUCGAACCCGUCCCCACGAUCGGAGAAGAACCUACAUUUUCAUCCCGCCCUCUUCCCACUGGACCAGUGUCUGGUGGCCCCGACGACGACGACGGUAGUGAUAGCAGCAGCAGCAGCAGCAACACUGGUGGUGGCAACACUAACGCUGGUGUCAUCAACGUGCCCAACUUCCUCGCUGGCCUCAUCGCCUUGAUUCCCCUUCUUCUGUAA